AUGUCGGACCCGGAGACCAUCAAGCUCGAGUAUCUGCUCAGCUACCCCGAAUACCUCAACAAGCCAGAGCUACACCUGGACAAGAUCCGCCGACGCUACGACCAGGCCAGGCUCGAAUGUCAACCUCUUCGGCAGCAUGAUCGCUGGCGCGCAAGCUGCCGCCCCCGGGUCGUCGUCGGCGCCAAAGGCGACCCCAGCAUCCUUCGUAAGGAUGUAUAUCCUGUGCGAGUCUAG